CUGUAACGGUUUACCGGUACACCGAUAUAUUGCGGUGCAGGAUAAAAAAAUAUUGCACCGCGGUUCACAUUUAGUUGUACCGGUUUUAUUAAGUAAUAACAGUGUUCCAUAAUAUCCUCUAUAAAUAAAAGAAAGUCUUCCAUAAUUUUAUUGAUAAAAUGACAAUGUCCUAGGCACAAAAGAAAAUAACAAACCGAAAGUAGGAAGCGUGUAAAAAACGGUGUUAGUAUAAAAAAUACACGGUGCGCGGGUAGACAAAUGCUUGAAUAAACGAAUCAAAGCGCUUCGGUGAUAAAGCUAUGAUUAACUAUGGCAGACGAAAAUAAUUAUGAUUUGAUUAAAAAUCCAAAAGGAAAGAGUGCCGUUUGGCAGUUCUUUUCAAUUAAAAGGAAAAGAGAGACACAUGAAAUUAUCGAAAAUACCGCGUUUUGUGAUCGAUGCGGUGUAGCAGUCAAAUGUGGUGGGGGUACAACAAAUUUACGAACGCACUUGGAAAGGCAUCACAAAAUGAUAAAAUUAUCGGCUCAAAGUUCUGUUAACAUGUCAUCUGCAGUUACAACAUCAGCUGGGAGUCAACAACCAACUGUUAUGGAACUUUUCAAUAAAAGGCAACAAUACAAACCAAAUUCUGAGAGAUCGAGGUUGAUUUCGUCAAAAAUAGCAAAUUUUAUGAUAAAAGAUCUGAGGCCUUUUAGCGUUGUAAGCAAUGAAGGGUUUCGUGACCUCAUAAAUAUAUUAGAUCCUAAUUAUGUUAUCCCUUCAAAGACUUAUUUUUCACAAACUUUGAUACCAGAAUUAUAUCAGAGUGUGAAAUCCAAGGUCGUCGAGAGUUUGUCAAAAUCACACACAGUAGCCUUGACAACUGACGGCUGGACAAGUCGGGCUACAGAGUCCUACAUUACAAUCACAUCAUGCCAUAUAAAUAAUGACUGGGAACUAAUAAGUCAUGUUCUUCAGACCAGAGCAAUGCCAUGCAGUCAUACAGCAGAAAAUGUUGCACAGGUUAUCAGAGAAGCUAUAACAGAGUGGAAAUUACCACAGAAUCCACCACUUGUAACCGACAAUGCAGCAAAUAUGCUGGCUGCAGCACGAUUACUUGGCAGUCAACCACACCUGGGUUGUUAUGCACACACCUUAAAUCUUGCAGUACAGAAGGGUCUUGCUUUAAAUAGUGUGUCUCGUUUACUUGGCAGAAUCAGGAGGGUUGUCUCUUACUUCCAUAGAAGUACAACAGCAGCUGCAAUAUUGCGUGACAAGAUUAAGCUUUUGGGCUUGCGACAAGUAAAGCUAAUACAAGACGUAUGUACCCGAUGGAAUUCAGCUGUUGACAUGGUUGAAAGGUUUCUUGAACUUCAACCAGCCAUUUACACAGCCCUUAUGAGUAAAGAUAUUCGUGCAAAGGAAGUUGACAUAGCUACUUUAAGUGAGGUUGAUAUCGGUCUUGCGGAAAACAUAAUGUCAGUGCUGAUUCCAAUUCGCACAGUGUCAACAGCCCUUUGCUCUGAAUCUAUGCCAACAGCUUCUCUGAUACUGCCUCUUCAGAAAAAGCUUAUCAAGGGGCUUUCAGUCAAAGAUGAUGAUAUGCAAGCCAUCUCACAACUGAAAACUGCAAUAUCACAGAACCUUCAACCAAGGUACUCUGAUCUUCUACCAUACCUUGAAUGCACAACACUACUUGAUCCAAGGUUCAAGACAUCCUGCUUCUCAGAGGAAGAUGCUUUUCCAAUAACAAACAGAGUAAUCUCUGAGGCUGCUUCCACACAGAAGGUUCUAGUUAAACAGGAAUCUGACACCAGUCCUAUAUCUGAUAUGGAGACAACAGGGGCACAGUCUGAACCAGCAUUACCACAGCUUAAGCUAGGUAAUUUAUAA